AGAGAUGCGUGCGUAGACUACGUUUCCCAGAGUGCAGUUGGAUCUGCGCUGUUUGGGCGUUGAGAGACGGAAGUAGGUAGGUUUCCGUUGCCUCCCUUUCCACCCCGACCCCCCGCUUGUUCUCCUGCGGCCGUUGAGGAGAGCGAGAGGUGCCGUUCGCCUCUCUCGUUCUGUUGCCGCGAUGGGCUGUACCUUGAGCGCCGAGGACAAGGCGGCCGCCGAGCGGAGCCGCAUGAUAGACCGGAACCUGCGUGAGGACGGCGAGAAGGCGGCCAAGGAGGUGAAGCUGCUGCUGCUCGGGGCUGGAGAAUCUGGGAAAAGUACCAUUGUGAAACAGAUGAAAAUUAUUCAUGAAGAUGGCUAUUCAGAGGAAGAAUGCAAGCAGUACAAAGUGGUGGUAUACAGCAAUACUAUCCAAUCUAUCAUUGCAAUAAUAAGAGCAAUGGGAAGAUUAAAAAUAGACUUUGGAGAAGUUGCUAGAGCUGAUGAUGCCCGUCAGCUGUUCGUAUUGGCUGGAAGUGCAGAAGAAGGAGUUAUGACUCCUGAGCUAGCAGGAGUGAUUAAGCGGUUAUGGAGAGAUCCUGGGGUUCAAGCAUGCUUCAGCCGAUCAAGAGAAUACCAGCUUAAUGAUUCUGCAUCGUACUACCUUAAUGAUCUAGACAGAAUAUCCCAACAGAGCUAUAUUCCAACCCAGCAAGAUGUCCUGCGGACCAGAGUGAAAACAACAGGCAUUGUAGAGACACACUUCACCUUCAAAGACUUAUACUUCAAGAUGUUUGAUGUUGGUGGCCAGCGUUCAGAACGCAAGAAAUGGAUCCACUGCUUUGAAGGUGUAACAGCAAUUAUAUUCUGCGUAGCUCUCAGUGAUUAUGACCUUGUCCUUGCGGAGGAUGAAGAAAUGAAUCGGAUGCACGAGAGUAUGAAACUCUUCGACAGCAUUUGUAACAACAAAUGGUUUACAGAUACAUCAAUCAUUCUUUUCCUGAACAAGAAAGAUCUGUUUGAGGAAAAGAUACGGCGGAGCCCAUUAAAAAUUUGCUACCCAGAAUACACAGGUUCUAACACGUAUGAGGAGGCAGCUGCAUACAUUCAGUGUCAGUUUGAAGAUCUGAACCGAAGAAAAGAUACCAAGGAAAUUUAUACCCACUUCACCUGUGCCACUGAUACCAAGAAUGUGCAGUUUGUUUUUGAUGCUGUUACAGAUGUUAUAAUUAAAAACAACCUGAAGGAAUGUGGACUCUACUAAAAGGAGAGAAUGACACAAAGGUAGAGUCAUAAGCUUUGCAAGCUGCUGAGUUUUAGCAUCCAUUGCAUUAACAGUAUGUUUAGUUAUAAGGUGAAUUAGUGCUACACUAAUGAGGAAUUUUUCUUUCUGAUUUCCAGGAUGUGGUGUUUUAAGAACUGGACUGUUUAUUUGCUGCCUCAUGGGACAGCUGCAAGCAUGAACAGGACCGGAGAAUGAAAACAGCAUGCAAAAUCCUUGCAUUCUUUAGCACAAUCUUCUGUACUAGGGACCUUUUUAUUGAUAUGAGAUGCUGAAGUUAGACUUUAAAAAGGAACUACUGUUGUGACUUUUUGGACCAUCCAAGCAUCACUCAGAUUGCAUAAUCUCAAAUGUGUACAGCUGUUAUGAAGUUCAUGUUCCAGAACUUCAAUAUGUAGCUUUCUUUCUUUUAAUAACCCACCACUAGUCUGUUUUUAAGGUUUUUCAUCAAAAUUAUAUUUUGACUAAAUUGUAUUUCUUUGCAAACAACAUUUUGUUGUUUUUAAAAUCACUUAACUAUGCACAUGGUAUGACCAGCUCAUGCAGAAAGUAUUCCUCUUAGCAGGAGCCUUUUGUUUCUAACACUUAGUGUGGUCAGAACUUGAUAUUACUGCAACUACUUAAAAGAGCCUUAGGAUUCAUAUGGCUAAUGCUGUGGCUUCUUCUGAUGUAUAAUUUGUUACCAUUCUGCUUCAUGCGCUAUAACGCUUUUCCCCUCAGAAAAGAGAUUUUCUGCAGCAGGGUAAUAGGUUUUUCUGGUUUAUGGGAUGGGAAGGUUAGCCUAGUUUAUGCUAAUUACCAAACCACUGAGUGUCCUGUUGUUGUAGCAGGCAGAACCAUGUUCCUCAUGUGAAAUGCCUGAAGGGACUUCCAGUUAAAGAAAAUUGUAAAAUUCCAAACUGGAAGAGGGCAUCUGUGCUGUUACAAAGCUACUUUAUCAACCACAUAAUUGUUUGUAUGUGUUUGGUCUUAAACCAGUGGGGAGUUUUGUAGACAGUACAACAUGUUCUGCAUUUACCAGGCUUUUUCUCUUCAGAGAUUUCUAAAAUAUAUCAGCAGCAUGCCUUUACUCUGUAAAUGUGGUGCCAAGUUCCUGUUUGCCAUUGUUUUUACUGUAGUGAUGUUCUUAACCAGAGUCAGUACAUUUCUUUGCUGAAAUCAUUACAUUGAAACUUCCCCAGUUUAUCAUGUACAGGUUUCAACCUGAUGUAAUUACUGGCAAUAUUAAAAUGGUGAGUUGAAAGCUUA